AUGUCUAAGGGUGAUACGGUAAACUCCUGGUAUGCUAGGAAAUACGCGCCAGCGUGGGAGGCAGCCUCGUCCUUAGGCCGUACUAGUGAUGCGAGUAUGCUGCGCCGCAGAAUCAAUCCUUUCGAUGGGGCUGAUAAAAUGCGACUACUAUCCCAGGACCCAGGCGAUCUCAAUUUUCUUUUCUUGUCUACAACACUUUUCCACCCUUUCCAGGCAAUUCAUAUGUCUCAUGCGAUGGAGGAUGACGCUUUGCAUCAGCUACAACAAGAACAGUCCAAGCUCUUGGAUAAGAUCGAUGAACUGCGCACCAUUGGCGUCGGCGGCCUCGUGGAACUGCCUCAGCUGAUUGUUUGCGGCAACCAGUCAAGCGGGAAAAGCUCUGUCCUCGAAGCCAUUUCUCGCGUCCGGUUUCCGGCGAAAAGUAAUGUCUGUACACGGUUCGCCACUGAGGUGAUCCUGCGACGGAAUGCGGCCUUCUCGAAAAUCAAGGUGUCUAUUGAACCUGGUCCUUCUCGCACAGACGAGGACGAGCGACGGCGACUGCGGAGUUUUACUUAUGAGGACUUCUCGAAUGGCGAUGACCUGCCCCCCUUGAUCGAGAAGGCAAAGGUGCACAUGGGAAUCACAGAGUCGGUGAACACGGGCUUCAGUGAUGACGUGCUCAAGGUCGAGAUUUCAGGACCGGACAAACCGGAGCUGACUCUUGUUGAUUUGCCCGGCCUGUAUUACUCUACUAGCCAGGAGCAGGACUUACAGGGGAUUCUGAUAGUCCGCAAGCUGACGGAGAGAUACAUGAGCAAUCCAAGGAGCAUCAUUCUCGCUGUGAUCAGCGCCAAAACCGAUUACCAUCUUCAGGAGGUCUUGAACAUUGCGGAACAAUUUGAUCCAAAGCGCGAGCGCACGCUUGGAAUCAUUACUCAACCCGAUAUUCUGGAGGCGAAUUCUGAAGAGGAAGAUACUUAUCUGCACUUUGUCAAGAAUGAAAAGAUUCCCCUGGAGCUGGGAUGGCAUGUCUUGCGCAAUCGGUCGUUUGAGACCAGGGAUAUCUCAGACGACGCCCGCGACGAGAUGGAGAAGGCGUUCUUCAACCAGGGACGAUGGGCAUCGCUCUCCCGGGAAUGCGUCGGCAUCGAAAGCCUACGCCGCCGCCUUAGCGGUGUACUGCUCAGGCUCAUCCGUCGGAAUCUUCCAGGGCUAAUCACAGAGAUCCAAGACAAGGUGUCUGAUCGACAGCAGCGUCUUUCGAAACUCGGGCCUGGUCGGUCCACCCUUCAGCAACAGAGAGGCUACCUACUCGGCAUUAGCAGUAAGUUCGAGCGCAUUACGAUGCAAGCUUUGAAUGGCAUGUAUGCGGAUGACUUUUUCGGCGGGUUGGAUGGUACGAGCAGUACCGAAGACUUCCGGCGACUGAGGGCUGUCAUUCGGCAGCUGAAUGAAUACUUCGCCGACGCAAUGGCCAUUCGAGGCUGCCGGAGGAAGAUUGUCGAUGUUCACCCGCUUUUCGGCAAGAAUCACCACAAGCUUGCUGCUGGGAAUCCUUACACAGACAUCUGGGAACCAGAAUAUGUAGAGCGCAGCUCUCUCGAAGCAGAGGUCAGCAAGCAAGCACGGAACAACAGGGGCAUCGAGCUGCCAGGAAAUGCAAACCAACUGCUUGUAGGAAGCCUCUUUCGCGAUCAGUCCAAACCAUGGGAAGGCCUCGCAAAGGAACAUUUAAUGAAGGCUUGGGAGUCGGCGAGAUACUUUACAUGGCUCGUUCUACAGCACAUUACUGACGACCAUACCUCCUCCUUACUAAUUGGCUCCAUAAUCGACCCUGAAUUGGAACGGUUGAAGCAAUCUUUGCUUGAAAAGCUUGACGAGCUGACCGCAUACGCGAAGCGAGGUCACCCAUUGCCUCUGGGCAAAAGCUUUCUCUCCCAGGUUCAAAAGGCCAGAAGCAACCGCCAGCUAGAGUCACUCAGAUCGAAGCUUCUAUUCGCUGGAUCCGAAGGAAAUGAGGGAGAGUUAUAUACAAUGAAAGACAUCGAGCAAGCGACAUCGGCGAUGGAAACCUCUCGCGAUGAAUUUGCAGCUGCCGAGAUCAUCGACCAAAUGCAAGCGUAUUAUGAGGUGAGAAAGUUCUUCCUUACUGCAAUCGUGACUUUUGUCGACAAUGUCGCAAUUCUAGGCAUCGAAAACUGUCUUCUUGACCCGUUGCAACGUAUAUUUACCAGCCAGGUCGUCAAUAACAUGGAUGAUGGCCAAGUCCGAGAACUGUCCAUGGAACCGCCUUAUAUACAUGCAGAACGAGAGCGGUUAGCUUGGGAGCUCGACAAAUUGCAAGCUGGCCUCCGGGCUCUCCGAGUCUUCACCCCCCAGAAGCCAUCAUUCAGCAGUUUACCCCCACUCAGUGAGUUCCAGUGUCCUGGUAUGAAGAAUUAA